CAAUCUUUUGCCAGUGGGACUAUGCCUCUCAGGCCCGCGGAGUCCAUGCUCUUCUAUCGGGAAGGUCUCAGUGCUUGGUGCAUCGAUCUUGCUCGCGCAACAGAAGACCGACUUCAACAUUUGUCCGAGAUAUGUGCUGCCGCGACGUUCGGCAGAAACAAGGAAGACGUACUUGACGAGACGUAUCGGAAGGCUCGCAAGCUCGACCGCAAGGAUUUCGCCUGCCAUUAUGACCCAGUUCAGUCAGGACUCGUUCGCGCCGCUUGUGAUGAAAUCCUUGUUGGAACGGAGGGUUCCCGCCCCGUCCGCGCCGAACUCUACAAGCUGAACAUUUACGGGCCAGGCUCGUUCUUCAAGCCCCACAAAGAUACGCCCCGUGCCCGGAAUAUGUUUGGAUCCCUUGUUGUCGUCUUCCCGACUCAACACGAUGGCGGAGCGUUGAUCCUUCGUCCUCGGGGCUCUGAUGGGGAGAUAUCGCUCGACUUCGCCCAGUUAUUAUCAGAGAAGGAUGAACCACACGUAGCCUAUGCAUGCUUCUACAGCGAUGUUGAGCAUGAGGUCUACGAAGUCACCAAAGGUUAUCGUGUCACCCUUACCUAUAACCUCUAUUUUGCCGAUGAUGAUGCUAAGGCUCUUAGGCCUUCUAAGAUCGACCGACCUAUCGACCAGCUUCCGCUCUUCGAGCUAUUCUCCACUCUCCUCGACGAUCCGACCUUUCUUCCUAACGGUGGUACUCUCGGCUUUGGCCUUCGCUACCAAUAUCCCGUGGCCAUAAACUCCUCACGGGACGAAAUUUCCUCUGUGCUCACCGUUUUGAAGGGUCGCGACGCCUAUCUCAAUGACACCCUGCGUUCUCAUGGGCUCGAUCCCUUCCUCAUGGUGGCCUAUUGGGAAGACGACUACAUCAUCAUGCGUCCCGACUACAGUUACGCUCCAGAUGAGGUCAACCAAGAAUGGUGCGACGACCACCAGUGGAUUUCGGAUGUGGUCCUGGGAGGUGGUGGAAUUGUUAUCGACUGUUUCGACCCCAAGGAACCAAUCAGGGAUUUGAAGGUCACCGAGCAGGUGACGUGGGUGACCCCGAGCUGCGAUCUCAACUCGCACGGAGGACAGUACAUUGCGUACGGGAAUGAGGCUUCGAUCGCCCAUAUGUACGGUGACUUGUGUUUGAUGGUACGUGUCGGACCGCCGGGUUCUAGGGGAGGAAUUGCUGGAAUCUCGUAGGCUGCAUAAGAAAUAGCUCAAACAUCCUGUAGAUCCCGAUAUAAAUGUGCCAAUUGUUUUAGACAAAAACUGACGAUGAGCAAUAAUA